AUGACGAGGGGUGAGUAAGAUUCCAGUCGAAAAAUAAUCCAAGGACUUCAAUAUUUAUAAAAAACAAGAAAUUUACAAAAAUAUCACAUUUAACACAUUACGCAGUUUACAAAUUGCUUUAAAAGAUAAAUAAAAUUCUCAGAUUACUUAUAAACAGUUAGAGAGCAUCGCAUCGAGUCAUUUAUAAAAAUGCAUAUAGAGAAUCCAGAAGCAUUAAGAGAUUGGUUAAGGCCUGUUCUAGAGCCAUUAUGUGAUGCCGAUCCAGUGGCUUUGGCCAAAUACGUUUUAGCUCUUUUGAAAAAGGAUAAACCCCAAUCAGAGCUUGAAGUGAGCAUGGCUGAACAACUGGAUGUAUUUCUCGGAACACAAACGAAACCCUUCCUUGAGAAACUUUUUGUAGUUGUGAAAAACUUGACCUACAUGAAAACGGAACCUGUACGUGAUUUAACACCACCCUUAAGUCAAAGCAGUACUUCAACUAUCCCAAGCAUCGAAAGACGAGUGAAAGAAGCUGAUGAAGGAAAAGUUGAAAAGCCAUCUUCAUCCACCUCCAUUGUCACUAAGAAGCUCACUGUUGCACCAGCACCAAGUAAAAGUAAAAGUCAAGAACCAAUUUCGAAGGCACUGUCAGAAGGUCGCGAUACACGACGAAGAAGAAUAUCCAAUCGAAGUAAAUCCCGUUCACGUUCAAAAAGCCGUUCAAGAUCGAAAUCGGCUGAAAGAAUGGAAAGAAUUCGUCGCUCAAGGUCACGUGAUCGUCGAAUGGCUGAACAUACGCGUGAUAAAAAUUCUCGCCCUUAUCGCAAUGCUUCACCACCUACAAGACGUUAUGAUCAUCGAAAAGGUGACAGAUUAUCACCAAAGCUUCAUCGUGGUGGUGUUGGUGCUGGUGGAAUUCGAGCGCCUCGUUCGCGAAGUUCAUCGCCAGUUUAUCGAAAAUCACCUACACGAGCUGAUGAAGUAUUUGAGAAGCAGAAUAAGAGAUGUCGUGAUUUUGAUGAGAAAGGAUAUUGCAUGCGAGGUGAGACGUGUCCAUGGGACCAUGGCGUGGAUCCAGUUGUUCUGGAAGAUCUCAGUAAUCCAUCGAUAGCCAUGAAUCCUCCUGCAAUGAACAUAAGAAACGCGCCACUACACAGUGAAUAUAAUCCCGACGCUCCGGAUUUAUGGACCCGUGGACCACCCGGCUUCGGUCCAGGAGGUAAUCGAAUGCAUUUGCCAGUGCCAGCGCCACGUCCACCAUAUUUUGGAUUUAGAGGCGGCCCACCAAUGGGCUUUCAACUUCCACCUCUACCCCGCGAACUUAUUCCUGUUCCUGUAAUGGAUCCAAACCAUCCUGGUGAUGUACCCGCUCAUAUGAAGCGUCGCUUUGAACCUGAAGAUGGCGUUUCGAUGCCUGAAGGAGCCAAACGAAAGGUUCCAAUUAACAGUCGUCUUGGACCGCGUGUCAAUCCAAAUGGCGGUCAAGUGAAUCCAUCACAAAAUUGUUCAUUGGAAUUAAGAAAAAUUCCGCGCGGUCUCAAUGCCAUUUCACAUCUCAACGAUCAUUUUUCAAAGUUUGGUAAAAUUACCAACAUUCAAAUUGCAUAUGAAGGCGAUCCGGAAGCUGCAAUUGUUACUUUCACGUCUCAUGCUGAGGCUAAUGUUGCUUAUCGUAGUACGGAAGCUGUUUUAAACAAUCGCUUUAUAAAAGUUUUCUGGCAUUCAGGGUCUGGAACUGGUGGUGAAAAUCAAUCCAUGAAUGGACCAACAGGAUCAUUGCCGAAAGUUUCUGAAUUAUCGAUGCGUCGUUUUCCUUAUCCACAAAGUUCUCAUGCAGCAACCCCAGCAACGACAUCAAAUGUAACAGCUGAUAGUACAAAUACUGCAAAUGUAGCUCAACCAACAUCAACAACAGCUGGAAAUAAUCAACAGGAAGUUCCAACAACAAGCAGUGCUGCAAUUGCUCCAAAAGGAUCAACAACUUAUAUUAAUGCAGCUUCACCAGCAGCACAGCAAGCUCAACAACGGAUGAAAACAGCGAAACUCACUCGUGCUGCCAAUGAUAUGAUUCAUAAGAAGCAGAAGGAACAACACAAAGUUGCCGUACAAUUAGCUCAAGGAUUAUAUCAAAAGAAGCAAGAAUUAUUGCAGAAAAAUAUCGUACAAAUGAAACAAUUGGUGGAGAAGUUGGAACGAACUGAUCUAUUGGAUCCUGGACGUGCACAAUUGGUAAUCACAAUCAAAGCUCUUCAAGCCAUCAUUGAUAAUCUGAAGAAGGAACUUGAAACGGAUUCAAUGCACAUUGUUGCAAAGUCACAAUCAACGACACCGCAACGUAAAACGAAAGAACAACAACAGAAAGAAUUAUUGGAUGUUGAAUUGGAACUUAUUAGUAAGGAACAACAUGGAGAUGAUGACACAUACGCCAUCAAGAAGCGGUACAUUGAGUUGCAAAAAUCAUUGAAUCGUCCACAAUUUCCAGCUGGUGGAGUAAGACCUGCAGUUGUACGACCAACAAUAGCACGAUUUGGUUCAACAAGCGUCGAUCGACGUCCCACAGCAAUUCAAAUUACUGGGUUUGCUGUUGAGGAUAGCGAUGCCAUUCUUGGACAUUUCAAGCAUUUUGGUGAAAUCACGAAGAACGUUUUGAAUGAAGUAAUUCCAUUGUUGGUGCUUUCAUAUUCAACUCGCAUCAAUGCUGAACAAGCUUUGGCACGUGGACGACAGUUCAAAGAUAAGACGCUGAAUAUUGUUUGGUUCAAUCCCAGCCCAGUGGAAGAGAAAGUUGCACAAUUGAAGGAUGAAAUUGAUGAUGGUGAAGAAAAGGAUAUUGAUGGAGCAAAAAAUGAAACAAAACUUGAUGAUGAAAAAAAGGAAGGAUCAGAUGAAGAAGAUAUCGAGGAAGAACGUUCGUGGAGACGCGGAUAUGAUGCGGAAUAGAAGAUUGCCAUUGAUACUUUUAUUAAUUGUAAAACUUUCUUCCUUUUUUAAGUCAGAAAAAAGUAUCAACAACAGCAAUAAUGAAUACACAUUGCAAGUAGCUUAUUGACAUUUUUUGAAAUAGUAAACUGAAAUCAUUUUUUUACUGAUUAAUUUUUUUUCUAACAACAUCAAUUUUUUUUACAUAAUUUUUGAUUGAAUUUGAUUAGUCGAGAAAUAACUUUUUUGAUUUUUUUUUCUUUAAUUGAGAUUUUAUAAUUCUUUCUUGAGUAAUAAUGCAAGAGAAGGUAGAUGAGAAUUGCUUUCUUAAUUGUAAUUUAAAGUAACAGAAAGGCAUUCAAAAUGAAGAAGCUACAUGUGAUGGGAGUUUGAAGAGAUAAGAAAGAAGAAAAAUCACAAAAACAAAACAAUUUUGAUGUACAUUUGUUGUAAUUUGACAAUGUUAUUGGAAUUUAGUAGAUAAGAUGAAAAAACAUGCAACAGAGUUUGCUGAAUAAUUUUUGGAAAAAAUAAAUAAAUAAACAAACAAACAGAUGAAAAGGAAAAUUAAAAAAAAAUAAGAAGAAGAAAAAAAAUAAUUCGAUACCAAAAAAAAUGAUAAAGUUUCGAAAAUAUUUUCCUUUUAACUAAGAAACAAUUUUAAAUCUUAAAAAAAA